CACAAAAGAACAAUAACGAAAAGAACAAAAAAACAAAAUCGGAACAAAGGAAGAACACCGGCUGAAGCUCUUCUCCUUCGUGCGUGCUCGUGGCUCUCGUCGGCUGAAGCUUCGUUCUCCCUUUUCCGGCGUCUCUCCCAUCUCUCCAGCGGCUCCCACUCGGCUCACUCUCCGGCGACUCCAGGUACGUUUCUGGUGCUCCUCCUUCUCCGGUAAGCGUUGCUCCCCCUUCGGCGCUCCUCCUCCGGUCAGCGUUGCUCCCCUUCGGCGCUCCUUCUCCGGUCAGCGUUGCUCCCCCUUCGGCGCGACAGAUCUGGGACGGCUCGCUCGAGCCUCGAGCGAGCGUUGCUCGCCCAGAUCUGCCGCGCCGAAGGGGGAGCAACGCUCGCUCGAGAGCGAGCUCGAGCUGCAGCUCGAUCUGCAGCUGCUCGAGCUCCCCCUUCGCUCGAGCAGCAGCUCCAGUGAUGCGGCGGUCCGGUGUGGAAGAGGAGGAGGUGCUCCUAAGCGGCGACGGCGGCGAUGCCGGCGUCACGUUGAGGAGCGAAGAGGAAUCGGAGAGUAAAUUGAGGGCGAGGGGUGGGCGACAGGUGAUGAGGCGAUCGAGCAUGGUGGCGAAGCAAGUGAUCAGCAUCGAAUCUGCUCUUGGCUUGGGGUUCGUCUCUCAGCUCUGGGUGGAUACCCUCUCGUGGAACGUUGUGAUUGUGGAAGUGAGGCCGAAUUUGCUUUCUGGUGAUUCAGAGAGAUUUCUUCUUGAAGAUGUCUGCCAGGUAGGUGAUGUUGUGCUUGUUGAGAAUGAGAGGGUAAUGGAGAAUGAGUUGAAAAUGGUGGGGCUGGAGACAUUGGUAGGGUAUGAAGUUGUAACUCCUGGCAGAAGAAGUAUUGGCAAGGUCAGAGGUUACACAUUUAAUGUUAAUUCAGGGGCUCUCGAGUCCCUCGAGCUUGAUUCAUUCGGUAUCUCAAUCAUUCCAUCAAGUUUGGUGAGUACUUAUGCUUUGUUUGUUGAGGAUGUGCAUGAAGCUGCAGCAGCACGCUUACAGAGGCUAACAAAGGGUUGGUGGGGUGCCCAGAACGUUGGGAAAUCCUUCAACGAAGUGGAAGAAUAUUAUGAUCUUGAAGAAGAUAGAUUAGCUAAUGAUCGCUGCACGAGAAGAGAAUUCCGGCGCAGGAGAUCCCGUCCUAAAUCGAGGGAAAAUCAGGACGACUUGGACCUUCCAAUGGACUUUUUAUGAUCCCUGGGCAUACGCACUAUCCCGGCAUUUAGCGUACAACCAUUACUCUGUGGAGGACCUUCCAGUCGAAGUCCAUAAAAGGGCUCUUUGGUGAUGCUCGUUACCCGUCGAUCAGCUCGAAAGUGCACACAAGAGUCUUUUCGGUCAAGUACUAUAGUGAUUUCGACGGAGCAUUCGACAGAUCUCGAGGAACGACAGCUGCAAUUGGAUGCAGGUUUGGAUGAGCAAAAGGAGGCCAAAAGAGUAGGCGAUUAAAGAUUGACUUGGUAGCUUUUUCCAAUCUUUGCUCCAAUGCGUUAAGGAUUCUUAAUGAUUUGAGCCAUGUAUAAAGCCUUGUAUUGCGCCAAUACCAUGAGGUCUGAUGGGCCCUGCACUAUGGCAUUCCGUGGAGCACUGUGAAUAAUCCCAUAUUGUUGCUAAUCGCUGUCGCAA